AGAUUUCAUCAAGAAUUCAAACAUAGUUUUUCUUUACAAUAUUCAUUCUUUGAAUGUGACACAUAGUUAAAGAAAAUUUUAAAUGGAGGAAUGCAACAACAAUAGAGGAGAAUCUUCAUCAAGAUCAAUUCAACAACAACAACAACAUUCACCUUCGUUUCGAAGAAGAGAAAGCAAAGGUAAUAGUAAUGCACAGUUAACUUGGAUUGGAAGCAACCGGUUAGUUUUAUGGCUGAUUUUGAUUACCCUUUGGGCUUAUCUUGGUUUUUUUGUUCAAUCUAAAUGGGAAGCUUAUGAAAAAGAACAAGAACUUAAAGGGUUUGAUUUUCAUCUUAAUAAUCAUCAAGAUUUGGUUAUCAAAAAAAGUUCUUUAUUAGUUGAUAAUGAAAAAGUUGGUUUGAAUAAUCAUAAUCAUAUGGAUGUUGUAUUGGCCAAGAAAGGAGAAAAUGGUAAAAAUGGCUUAAAGAAAAGGAAGAAUAGAAGAUCUUUGAGAAGUAAACACAAGAGAGAAUUGAAAGUUGAGAGCAGUAUUGAUGAUAUAGAUGAAAAGGAGUUAGAAAAAAUUCAUCUUGUUGGUCCAUUUGGUUCAAUAGAGAACAAAAUUUUGAAGCUUAGUAGUACUAAUAAUGAGAAGUGUUGUGGAAAAUGUGACAAGAAAAGUGAUUUUGCAAAAGUUAUUUUUUCAAAGAGGUUUGUGUUGAUAUUUCAUGAACUUUCUAUGACUGGAGCACCACUUUCAAUGAUGGAAUUGGCAACUGAAUUGAUGAGUUGUGGAGCAAAUGUUUCAGCUGUUGUUCUUAGUAAAAAAGGUGGUUUAAUGGAAGAGCUUAUUAGGAAGAAGAUUAAGGUGAUUGAUGAUAAAGUUGAUCAUAGCUUUAAAGCUGCAAGGAAAGCUGAUCUUGUCAUUGCUGGAUCAGCUGUUUGUUCUUCAUGGAUUGAACAAUACAUUGAAUACUUUCCUUCUAGUGCAAGUAAAGUUGUUUGGUGGAUUAUGGAAAACCGAAGAGAGUACUUUGAUCGUUCAAAACACGUUUUGAACAAAGUAAAGAUGUUGGUUUUUCUUUCCGAAUCGCAAUCUAAGAAAUGGCAAAAAUGGUAUGAAGAAGAAAACAGAAGACUUAGAUUCCAGCCAGCAAUUGUUCCAUUGUCUGUUAAUGAUGAACUUGCUUAUGCAGCCGGAAUUCAUUCCUCGAGUACUUCCGAUAAAAUCAAUGAGAAGAGGAAAUUUUUGCGCAAAACAGUCCGAAAAGAAUUAGGCUUGAAUGAUAAUGAUAUGCUUGUGAUAUCUCUAAGUAGCAUCAAUCCUGGAAAGGGUCAGUUAUUAUUUCUUGAAUCAGCAAACUCAGUAAUAGAAAAUGAAUCAUUUCAAGAACAUCAUAAGAAAAAGCAAACUUUAUCACAAGUUACUUUGGCUAGAAGAUAUCAUAUUAGAAAAUUGUUGCCAAUGAUGAAGGAUAGCAAUUCUAUAAACAGUAACAGUGGAAAAAUGAAACAAUCUCUGAAAGUUCUGAUUGGUUCUGUUGGAUCAAAGAGUAACAAAGUGGAUUAUGCUAAGAGUAUGAUAAGUUUCUUGUCACAACAUUCAAACUUGUCAAAAUCAGUUCUGUGGACUCCAGCUACAACACAUGUUGCCUCACUUUACUCUGCUGCUGAUGUUUAUGUCAUAAACUCUCAGGGAUCGGGAGAAACCUUCGGACGCGUGACAAUAGAAGCAAUGGCAUUUGGUCUUCCGGUGUUAGGAACAGAUGCUGGUGGAACAAAGGAAAUUGUGGAGAAUAAUGUGACUGGUCUUCAUCAUCCUAUUGGACGUAAAGGGAAUCAUAUUCUUGCAAAAAAUCUUAGGUUUUUACUUGAAAACCGAUUUGCAAGAGACAAAAUGGGAAUGAAUGGAAGAAAAAAGGUGCAAAGGAAGUACUUGAAGCAACACAUGUAUAGUAAAUUUGUAAAGGCUCUUGUUAGAUGUAUGAGAAGCAAAUAAUUUCUUCUCACAUGUAAUAUUCUUUUUGAUCCAAAGAUUUAGUGUAUCUCAAAGUUUUCAUGUAUGGUCUAAUGACGGUCG